AUGUCGUCCCUCCCCUCAAACGCCUCCACGGGCAAAGAUUCCGGCCUCCGCGUGCCCAGCAAUGGCAAAACCAUCUACCACCGCCCGCUCAAUCGCACCAAGGCGUCCGAGCUCAGCCAGGCCAGCUUUGCCUUUUUGUUCUCCGAGAUGGUCGCAUAUGCGCAGAAGCGCGUCAAGGGAAUCCAAGAGCUGGAGCACAGACUCAACGUUCAGGGCCACUCUAUAGGCAUCAAGCUACUCGAUCUUCUCCUCUACCGCGAGCCUGUUCGCACGCAGCUGCGGCCCCAAAACAUAGUUGCCCUCCUCCACUUCGUCAAACAAAACGUAUGGCAGCAUCUCUUCGGCCGACAAGCGGACAGACUGGAGAAGUCGACGGAUGCAGAGAAGCCGGACGAGUACAUGAUUAUCGACAACGAGCCGCUCGUCAACCAAUACAUUAGCGUACCCCGCGAAAUGAGCCAGUUAAAUUGCGCCGCCUUUGUGGCUGGAGUCGUGGAAGGGGUAUGUGACGGCGCAGACUUCCCCGCAAGGGUGACGGCACAUACUGUCGGAGAGGGCGAGAUGUGGCCCGGAAAGACUGUUUUCCUGGUCAAGUUUAGGAGCGAAGUGGUAGAGAGGGAGGCUUUCUUGGCGAAGAGCUGAUUUUGAGCGCUUUGAUAUGGCUGAGUCAAGAGCAUCAAGGAAGACGGAGUUUGAAAGAAAGGGCACAAUGGAAUGGAGUUUUGGAGUUGGUAGUUUGGUCAGCAAUCGUCUGCUUUGAUUGAUUAGUAGACAGAUUCGACAUUUUAAUGUAGCUUGUUUGCACAAUGUAAAACUGAUGACAUUUAGAGAUCCGAUUGAUAAUCAUAGCUUCCCAGCCGUCCUAACGCCAUGCCAGUCUCCAAAUUGGUAGAGCUUCUACACCCACUUGAUUCAAAAUGUACAAAUGUCCCAUCAUCCUGACUCGC